UUCAUACAGAUACAAAUGCAACAGAGGCUGAUCAGUUAGUUUGUUUGCUGGAUGAUGAGGAGAUAAAAGAUGAAACAACAUUUUAUUAGUUGACGAGUCCGUCAACUAAUAAAAUGUUGCACUGGUACUGCUGCCACUCUUGUUUUAAAUUACAUGAUUUCAACUUUGAAUAAUAAGAAAAAACUGUGCAGCUAUUUUUAGGACUUUCCCCUUUAGUCUGCAGGUUAUUAGUAGCUUCAGUUCUGAGAAGAGGCUGAGUGUGUUUCCGUGUUGAUGAGGAGAUAAAAGAUGAAGCAACAUUUUAUUAGCGGAAGAGAGCUGACGAGUCCGUCAGACAGAGACAGACGGUCUACCUGGUCAUGGAUCACCUGCUGAUGGUGUUGGUGUUGCUGUGGAGUUCAGGACUCCAGGCUGAAGAUAAACACCAACCAACAGGUUCUCAGUGUGAAAGCACAGCCAAGGCUGACAUCAUGCUGGCGUUGGUCUACAGAUACGAGAACAUCAGCCUUGAAGACUACAGAUACAUGAAGUCCUUUCUAACUAAGAUAGUCAGCUACUUCGACAUCGGCCCUGACAAAGUCCAGAUCGGUCUGGUUCAGGGCAGUGGAUACCCAGAGAUUGAAUGGAAGCUGAACACCCACCAGACCAAACAAUCCCUGCUGGAGGCCAUAACCCACCUGCAACAGAGAAGAGACUCAGGAAUAUUUCUGGGCAGCAGCCUAGAUAGGCUCUUUAAACCCACAGCAGGAAUGCGUGCAGACUCCCAAAGAAUUGCUGUCCUGAUUAUUGAUGGAAAGUUCAACUCCGACUUAUACGAAGCCUCGCAGCUCCUGAGACACAUCGGCAUUGAGAUCUACGCUAUUGGUGUAAAGGAUGUAAACGAGGGUCGGCUGAGGGACAUCGCCUCAGAUCCUGCUGAAUCUCACAUGUUCAGAGUCAGCGACUCCUCGUUCCUCCUGGACAUCGUUGACCACGUCACCAUCAACCUCUGUAACAGUGCCAACAGUUUAGGCAGGCAAAGAGUCUGUUAUCAUCAAACAGCAAUACAUGUUAACACCACACUGAUCCACUGCUGUCAGAAUCAAUCUUAAGAUAUCAGGUUUUAAAAGCUGUUAAACAUCACUUAAAUGUUGGAUUCUACAGUUAGA